AUGUUAGGGACUCGGACUCGGAAUAAAUUUUUGAGGACUCGGACUCGGCUCGGACUCGGUCCCUCCCGGACUCGCCCAUGCCUGUCUUCCACAGCUAUAUGGUGGUAUACACAUAAACAUGAGUUCCUUCGUCGUACAUUAAAUCAUGCACUUUGUUCACAUAAUCUAGAUAUCAUAUUUCAAUUUCGAUACUAUAUUCUUGAUCUCUACAAUCAGUUGAUUGAAUUACGUUCUUCAUAUGUUGCCACUCCUCUUUUACGUACCGUUUUUCAUAGUCAAACAAUGAAUAAUGAUGAAUUAGAACAUUUGAAAAAACAUAUAGGCGAACUAUUGUCUGUAAAUAUAUUUAUGUAUGGGACUAUCUCAAGUAAAACCGCUUCAUCAUAUGUUAUGAAUAGUAAAGAUGGUAAUAAUUCAUCGAUAAGAACUGUUUUAUUUGAAAUUGAAUUUGAUGAAACUGUUAAGUCAUAUGCUAAUAUUCAAAAUGUAAGUUACUUAAAACAAGAUGGCCAAUAUUUAUUUUUAAUUGGUACAAUAUUUCGACUGGAAUCGUGUGGAAUAUUACCUAGUAAGAUAUGGCAUAUUAAAUUACAAUUAACCAAUAGAGAAGAGGACGAAGCAAAACAAUUAAUUAGCCAUUUUGAAAAUCUAUUCGAUGAAAAACUCACGGUUUUCACAUUGGGUAUGUUUUGGUUGAAAACAAGUUUAUUAGAAAAAUGUGACAAUGCACUAAAUUAUUAUAAUAUGCUAUUCAACGAAUAUACAACUGAUAAUGAUAAAAUGAGUAUUUAUAAUAAUAUGGCUCUUAUUUAUGAACGAAAAGGUGAUGAGUAUAGGGAAGAUGCCAAAAAUUAUUAUGAAAAAGCAUUAGACUUAGCCAACGACCGUGACUCAUUACCAUCAUCUGAAUCAGAUACACAAGCUGAAACACUUGACGUUAUAUUAAAACGACCAAUAUUAAAUAGUACUUCUCUUUCGAUAGACUAUUACAAUUUGGGUUGUAUAAUGUUACAAAAAAAGAAUUAUGAAAAUGCGUUAAAAACUUUUACCAAAGCAAAUGAACAGUUUUCCGGAGAGAAGUUAGAUCCGAUCGUAAAAGCAGAUAUUCUGAAUAAUAUUGGUUGCGCUUACUUUCGACAGAAUAAUUACGAAGCAUCAAUGAAUUAUUUCGAACAAGCAUUUGAUAUUGGAUUAAAGAUGCCAGCAGAGAACCGCUCAGCAGUUAUUACGGAUUAUCUCAACAACAUGGCAGCAGCAACUAGAAAACAACAGUAA